CCUCUUCCUGAUCAUGGCUUGCUCAUACGACCCGGUUGUUCAAGACCUAAAGGAUUUUAUUUAUCGCUACGACGACAGACGUGAUGACUUUUUCAAAGCCAUCAUAAGUGCCAAGGACAUAAACAACGACGGGGCUGAGGAGAUGUGCCUAGAAAACAUUGACACCUUGGAAGAUUAUUUUCGGUUCUGUAAUGAUAUGUUGCGAUGGGUUCCGAGAGUGGACACACCAGGAGACGCCCUCUUUCGAAAGUUAUUGGUCUUCUACUGGAUCUUUAACCAACCCGAUGUCGGCAAAUACCAAACCAGUAUUAUCCCCGAAAAUGCUGGAGUCGAUCCCAAGUGGCUCUCGUACUGGCAGGUACUCUAUGUUCGGACACUCGGUUGCUUCUUGGAUACCCGUGAGUCUGCAUGUGGGAUUGAGAGUUUCUACAGCAAUUGCAUCUACAAUAAAGAUGCAGCCCUGUGGCAGGAUCGGCCACAAGGGGGGUGGGCGUCAUUCAACCAGUUCUUCGCCCGGAGAUGGAAGGAUAUCGACGUUGCGCGGCCACUGAGUCAGGCUGAUCUACUGGACGAUGUCAUUGUCAGCAUUGCUGACUCUAGAUUUGGCGAGACCUUUCCUGUCGAGGAUGGAAAUGUCGUUAUUAUCAAGGGGAUUGAAUGGCCAAUUGCAAAACUGCUACAGAGCGUAGCGGAUGACUUCAAGGAUGGAUAUUUCAUGCAUGCUUUCCUCAGUCCAGCCGAUUAUCACAGGCAGCAUGCACCAGUCAGUGGGGUUGUCUUGGAGGCCAAGGUUAUCCCAGAGCUGGUCUAUCUCCAGGUCACCAAGGACCAAAAGGCCGGUUUAGUCGCUGAUCGUGGUCUUGUGGUCAAAAAACCACUGAUGAGUGAAAGACGUCUGAAAGACCUUAUUGCCAGCGGCGGAAAAAAGCUAAGAAGCCUCAUCGCUGGCGUCGAGAAAGACGUAAGAGCCGUUGUUGCCCCGGAUGAGCCCGGCUACCAGUGGUGCCAGACUCGAGGGUUGAUCAUGAUCCAGACCGAGAAGUAUGGUAAGAUUGCCGUGUUACCGAUUGGCAUGGCCCAGGUUUCGUCAGUUGUUCUGACGGUGGAGAAAGGCCAGAAGAUCGAGAAAGGAGAAGAGAUAUCGUAUUUCCAAUUUGGAGGAUCGGACGUCGUUUUGGUCUUUGAAAAGCCCGUUGACUUUUCUGUGAAACAGGGUGAUAGAUGCAAUGUGAGGACCAGAAUUGCAACUUUUAGGGGGGUUCCUGCGUCAGAGAUCAAGAACUGACCGUUUUCUGCUCGUUGGGGAUUGACGCGUAUGCGUGGGACUCUAAGGAUUCGAAGGAAGCUAGGUGCUUUUCUUAACAUCA